GGAAGAGAAACUUGCCGACAGCGGCCGGGGGAGGAGAACCCGGGGCGUCCCGCCUUCCUCCGGCGCUUUGAAGAGCGGGAGGAGGGUCCCCGGGUCCGCGAGGGGCGGGGGCCGCCGCCUGGCCCGCCCUUCUCGCCGGACCUGCGAUCAGCCGGCGGCUUCCCCCGCCGCGCCCGCCACACCCGCCCUCGGGCCGCGGGGGUAGAAGAGGGCGGCGCGCCCCGCGCCCGGACCGCACGCGACCCCGAGAGGCAGCCCGGCUGACAUUCACCUGGCCUUCGCCCCCUCCGGGGACUCUCCAUCCUCCCGAGACCUCCUGUCGCCGCCCGGCAUCCCUUCCCACCCUAAGGUGCGUCCCAGGACCUUGAACCCUCUCCUGCCCAUCCUACCUACCCCGCGCAGUCCUCUCUGGGCCCCUGGCCUCCUUCCCCAGGUCCCAGCGACCUGGGUCAGGCCUCCUUCGGGCCCCCUGGUUGCGGGGGCUGAAGCGCGCCAUGCAGUCGCUGGCGCUCGGACUCGGGUUCCUGACGCCGCUGCUCCUGCUCGUGCGGCCGGCACAUGCCGCUAAGCCCUCGGCGCAGGACGUGAGCCUGGGCGUGGACUGGCUGAGACUCUAUGGCUACUUGCCACAACCAGAUCCAGCCCAGGCCCAGCUGCAGAGCCCUGCGAAGCUGCGGGAUGCCAUCAAAGUGAUGCAGAGAUUUGCUGGGUUGCCUGAGACAGGACUCUUGGACAAAAGGACUAUAGCCACCAUGCGCAAGCCCCGUUGCUCCCUGCCUGACGUGCUGGGUGCCGCAGGGCUGGUCAGGCGGCGCAGGCGCCGCUAUGCCCUGAGUGGCAGCGUGUGGAGGAAGCAAGCGCUGACCUGGAGGGUACAGUCCUUCCCCCAGAAAUCCCUGCUGACCCCACAGAUAGUGCGGACCCUCAUGAGCUAUGCCCUGACCGUCUGGGGUGUUGAGUCAGGCCUCACGUUCCAGGAGGUGAACUCCCCGCAGCAGGAGGCUGACAUCCGCAUCGACUUUGCCCAGGCCUACCACCAGGACAGUUACCCCUUCGAUGGCUUGGGGGGCACCCUGGCCCAUGCCUUCUUCCCCGGGGAGCACCCGAUCUCCGGCGACACCCACUUUGAUGAUGAGGAGAUCUGGACUUUUGGGUCGCAAGAUGGCGAGGGGACUGACCUGUUUGCUGUGGCUGUUCACGAGUUUGGCCACGCCCUGGGUCUGGGCCAUUCCUCCGCACCCAACUCCAUUAUGAGACCUUUCUACCAGGGCCCAGUGGGUGACCCUGACAAGUACCGCCUGUCCCAGGAUGACCGUGAUGGCCUGCAGCAACUGUAUGGGAAAGUGCCUGAAAGCCCGAAUGACCAGCCCACAAGGAAACCCCUGAAUCCUCCCCAGCCCUCUGUCCUGCCCCCUGACAGUCCCUCCACACCCGUCCCUGACCGAUGUGAGGGCAGUUUUGAUGCCAUUGCCAACAUCCGGGGUGAAACCUUCUUCUUCAAAGGGCCCUGGUUCUGGCGCCUCCAGCCCUCAGGACAGCUGGUGUCGCCCCGACCUGCCCGGUUGCACCGCUUCUGGGAGGGGCUGCCCGCGCACGUGAGGGUCAUCCAGGCCGCCUAUGCCCGGCGCGGAGAUGGCCGAAUCCUCCUCUUCAGCGGCCCGCACUUCUGGGUGUUCCAGGAGCGGCAGCUGGAGGGCGCAGCGCGGCCGCUGGCGGAGCUGGGGCUGCCGCCGGGCGAGGAGGUGGACGCCGUGUUCUCGUGGCCGUUCAACGGGAAGACCUACCUGAUCCGGGGCCAGCAGUACUGGCGGUACGACGAGGCGGCCGGGAGCCCGGACCCCGGCUACCCGCGCGACCUGAGCCUCUGGGAAGGGGCGCCCCCCGCCCCGGACGAUGUCACCGUCAGCAACACAGGUGACACCUACUUCUUCAAGGGCGCCCACUACUGGCGCUUUCCCAAAGGCAGCGUCAAGACCGCACCGGACUCGCCGCAGCCCAUGGGGCCCAAGUGGCUGGACUGCCCCGUCCCGGACUUUGGCCCUCGCGCUCCCGAGUUCCCCAAAGUGACCCCCAAACCCGGAACCUGCGAUUGUCAGUGCGAGCUCAACCAGGCCGCCGAGCGGCCGCCCGCGCCGCUCCUGCUGUCCCUCCUGCCUCUGUUGGCGGGCGUCGCCUCCUACUGAAGGGAGGACAUCCAUAGCGGAACAGCGCCCUACACCGCGUAGGGCCAGAGUCUGCGGGACCUCGCGUGGGGCUGUGGGUCUGUCCCCUUGCGGGGCUCCCUCCAGCACAAAGCUGGACGGAUUCCCGGGGGAGGUCCGGCUGCCGCCAGGACUUUACCUCCAGCGCUCCCUGGGUGGCGCCCGCCGCCAGGGGUCGCCAGCGCGCGGUGACCGUGGUCAACAGCUGCCUAAGAAGCUGGGCAAGGGCUGCCACAAGCGGACAGUGCAGACUCUACUCCCGAGCCUGGGGAAGGGGCGGGACGCAGCGGGAGCGGGGACGAGAGGCAGAGCCAAGCGAGUGGACUGUACACUUACACCGGACAUGCUCUGCCGGCCCCCCUUGUGCUCACAGAGAGGAGACACCUCCGCCUCCGCCCCGGCCACAUCCUGCCCCAGUAGGACUUUCCGUUCCCCAGAACGGCCUGGCUUUCAGUC